UCUGGCAGCCGCGCAAGAUCCCUCCCCGUUUGCCGCGGGGGCGCCUCCUCUUGCAGAAGUGCUGCAGAGACCGAGCGGGACCGGGCGCGCGAGCGAGCGAGGCGAGAGGGGGCAGGAUGGGGCGCCCGCGGCCGAGCGAGGCCCUCGGCAGCCCGGCUCCGCGGGGCUGGCUGCUCGCGCUGGUUCCGACGCUGCUGCUGCUGCCGCUGCCGCCGCCGCCGCCCCUGCUGCCCGGCGCCCGCGCGGAGGAGGAACCGAGCUGCCGCGGAGCCUUCGACUUGUACUUCGUCCUCGACAAAUCAGGAAGUGUCAAAGAAAAUUGGUUUGAAAUUGUUGACUUUGUGAAGCAACUGACGGACAGAUUUGUGAGCCCCCGGACGAGAUUAUCCUUCAUUGUGUUUUCCAUGCAAGCGACGGUCAUCCUGCCACUAACCCAAAACCCAGGAGAAAUUAAGAAAGGCCUUGAGAAGUUAGGAAAUGUUUCUCCAGGAGGUGAAACGUAUAUGCAUGAAGGAUUAAAAGAAGCAAAUAACCAAAUCCAGAAUGCAGGGGGCUCGAAGUCAAAUAGCAUCAUCAUUGCUCUGACAGAUGGGAAGUUGGAAGGCCUGAUACCGCAGUAUGCAAAGAAAGAGGCAGAUCUGGCCAGGAAUCUGGGAGCACGGGUUUACUGUGUUGGAGUGCUCAAUUUUAACCAAGAGCAGUUGGAAAGUAUAGCUGAUUCAAAAGAGCAAGUCUUCCCAGUGAAGGAAGGAUUCCAAGCACUCCGAGGGAUAAUUAAUUCUAUUCUGAAGCAGUCAUGCACAGAGAUUUUGUCACUGGAGCCCUCGAGCGUCUGUGUAGGAGAGGAGUUUCAAGUUGUACUAACCGGAAGGGCAUUCAAAUUUGGAAGGAAACAUGACAACAUUGUCUGUACUUUUGAAACAAAUGGAACCAGAACUAUUGAAACGCCUACGGAGGUGGCAUCGGAUCAUAUGCUUUGCCCAGCACCGGUUCUCCAUGAAGUUGGCCAAACGUUGGAAGUUUAUGUCAGUCUGAAUCAAGGAGAGGCUCUCAUCUCCAGUUCUUUAACCAUUACUGCGACAAAUUGUGCAAAUGGCAUUGCUGCACUUAUAGCUAUUCUGGUGUUGCUGCUCUUACUGGCUCUUGCUCUGCUCUGGUGGUUCUGGCCCCUGUGCUGCAAACUGGUCAUUAAGGAUCCUCCACCACUGAAACCAGCACCUCCGGUAGAGGAAGAAGAAGAUCCUUUGCCUUCGAAGAAAUGGCCAACGGUGGAUGCUUCGUAUUAUGGCGGACGAGGAGUUGGAGGGAUCAAAAGAAUGGAGGUUCGUUGGGGUGAUAAAGGAUCGACUGAAGAAGGUGCCCGGCUAGAGAAAGCCAAAAAUGCAGUGGUAAAAAUCCCAGAGGAACCCGAAGAGCCUUUCCAAACUAGACCGCCAAGACCUAAGCCUACCUCAGUGCCUGUUCAGGAAAAGUGGUACACGCCUAUUAAGGGUCGGCUCGAUGCGCUGUGGGCUUUGCUGAGACGGCAGUAUGACAGAGUGUCUUUGAUGCGACCGCAGCAAGGAGAUGAGGGUCGAUGUAUAAACUUCACCCGCGUUCAGUCUCAGUGAGGGAAGGACGAAAAGCCAUCACAAAGGGAAGACAAUGGAGCGCUUCCGUGAGAAUCCUCAGAGCCGCUGCAGCCUCUCUGCAUGAACCUUCGCUCCGUUUGGUUCCACCACAAGUCGCCUGCUGCUGCACUAAGCUCCAUCGUCCGCCAUUUUCUUUUACGCUUCUCCUUCGUAAAGUACGGAGAACUCUGGCUUUGCACGCCCAGCCUUCCUCUGAAAAGGCUCUGCAGGAAUCGCGGGCGAAGCACCAAAGGCGCUGCCACUUGGUCUUGUUAUUGCUGUUGAACUGCACCUACCAAGCCUUUAUGUGCCUCUGUCAGGAGCGGCAUUGUCGCUUGGAUGCGAAGGCAGCACUUCCUAUUUAAAUAGGAAAGUAUUUGCCACAGGCGGGAGAGUGAAACUCCCACCAGGCCUGGAAAAAUGUAAGAGUUGAUGGCCUUACAGCGAUGUCGUAUCACCAGCUCUGUCUGAGUCCCAUCCUCUCCUCCCCCCCUCGGAUCGUGCCUUACGGGAACCUUCUGACGGAAAAUCUUGUCACUUUAACACUGAGCAGUGCGCAUGCAUGACAAACCGUAGACAUGGUGCCCCAAGGUAUUGGUGGCAAGCAAGACUUUGCCCUUUAGUUUCAGGAGACACCUUUCUUUCAUUAUGCACGCAGGACAGGAAGAAAAAAUUAAUAGAGCGUUAUUCUGCGGGAAGACAGCCUGUAACCAGAGAUCUUGCGUGGAGAUUGAGGGACCUGUGCUGCAAGGCCUUGGCACUGGCUGGCGUUCUUCCUCCCCCUUCUCUGCACUUGGUGCUCAGUAGCACAGAAAAACAUUAUCCUUUGUAAACAUACCUAGUGAUUCUAGGUGUAGUAUUACUAUGAUUACAAUUAUGUUUAUAAGAUUGGAAAAAAGCCCUCGCCACAAUGCUGGUAUCUCAGGGUCCGUCUCCCCUCCUCCCCAGAUCUCCAAGGGCUCUUCAGCGUCACAAGCCAGCAACUCUCUUUGCAUGAGAAUUUCAAAGUUUAAUUAAUAUAAUUAAAGGCAACAGCAAGCAGCAGCCUGUGAAGGUUUUGCUCAUCUUUUUUAUGCCUUUUGACAUUGAAUGACCUAUUACUGUAUGCGCAUUACUUGGUUUUUGAGGGGGGUACCAUGUUAUGGCGAGGAUUCCACACCGGGGCCAAAAAAAGAAAGAGAAGAGGCGCGAGACCUUCCUUUCCACAGUAUAUCUAUUAAAUGUAUACGCGUGUCGGCCAUCGGAAGACAUUGACAAAGUAUGUAUUAUAAUUUUUUUUAGAAAAACCAGUGUUGUGUCACGUCGGCGAUGCCAAAUUAUGUUAGCGUGAGUGGAAACACUGUGGGGGAGGAAAGAGGCAGCAGCUGAAGAAAAAGGCUCAAAUGAUCCAGUCACUUUCGAUACUGUACUUCAGAUGCAAAAUGGAUAUUCGAGUCGAAACCUGACAAAGUGCGCCUACUUUGAUGGGAACCGGUAUAGACAAUGACCAGUGGCUGGGUCAGUGGGAUGUCUCUCUGCGAGCAGGGAAGCUUAUCAAAUGACACUAAAAAUAAGUUCAGCAACCAUCACGUUUGAGGGGAAAAGGCAAACAUUUCAUGUUUGGUGGGCAUGCAAGGCGGGAAAGAGCGAAGGGAUGCGGGCUGGACUCAUUAUCCCCUUUGUUGCCUUGCAUUGAAAUCUCAAGUGAUGUAAAAUAAUUCCCUUGGUCCAUGGCCAGAUUUGCGGAUCUUCCCGAAAGAGUCUUCCACCACAAUGUCGCCUCUUGCCUACGUCUGUUCUUGGCUUGGGACUGUUCACAUCACCAGUGGCACUGCCAACUCGCCCUGCGUGCUCAAAGGAAUAAAAUCCUCUGCCUAAGGUUCUGCUACAAGGCAUUGCUCUUGUAUCUGUAAGGCUUCUUCCCAGAGCUGAAGCAUUCUUUGACUCAGGUUGCAGUCUUCUCCACCUUCCCAUGUCAUCACAUGAGUUCCAAGAAGGUAUGUCACAGGAUAACUCCGGGGAUUUACACUUGCAGUUUUAUUCAAAUUCGUCAGAUGCUAAUGUGUGGUGUUAGCGAUGCAAAUACAACAGAAAUCUCUGCCACAAGCCCUUUCUGUGAACUCUAGAAGGAGCACAAUGCUAGCUUUGAGACCAGAACUGCAGACAUUUUGGAUGGGGUUAUCUAUGUGACAUGCUCCAUUUUAUACACAAAAUACAUAAAGUACACAGUUAUUCACAAGCAGAUAUUUAGCAUACAAGCUACAGCUUUGGCUAAGCGUCUGUAAAUCCUUAUAUUUGUGCACAUGUUGAAAACCAAAUCGUGGUUAUUUUCAUGUUUUUGCUAUUCUGAAUUUACAUGGAGAAAUGGUACUACAGAAUUGUGUCAAGACACUGAACCAUCCCAUAUAAAAUCUGAAAUAAAUUCAUAUUCCACAUGUAAUGAAUUUUUAUAUUUGAAUUGAGAUAUGUAGAAAAACAAAUGAUCUUGUAUUUUCUUGUAAAAUAGCAUAUUUAAAGCUACUUUUUGUUUCUUUUGCUUUUUGUUUUGUAAACUAUGUAGAAACCUUUGGUGUGGUAGACUCAAAACUGAAUAUUUAAAAGGAAGACAUUGGUGAUAUAUGUGCAACCUUUAAAAGGAUGUUAUUUAAAAUGGUUCAUAUGGAUCCAUCUUCAUAGUUUUCUAUUUCCAAGAAGUAAAACACUGAAAUGUGUUUAUUUAUCAUAAUAGUCCUUUAUGCAGAACAACAGCAAAGGUUUCUCAGGGUUUAACAUUCAUUUCUCUCAUUAUUUUAUUAAAUUUUUUGUCUCAUUCCUUUUAAAACAUACAUUUGUGGUAAAUAAUUGCUGAAAUACAUAUAGUCAAGUAUUUAUGGAAAUAGAGCAUACUUUUUUUAAAGUCUUUUGUUUAAUAGCAUGGCUAUUUUACCGAUUUCAUGUCCUGUGAGUUUUAAUACAAAUGAACCAAAACAGUAUUAAUUUAAUAGAUUUUAAUAAAGCUAUAUGUUUAUAAAAUUA